GUCCAGUCUGUUUUCUCUGAAGCCCAACUCUGAAGCCCAACUUCUUGUUAUUCAGACGUUAACUAAAUAUUUGGGAGUUUGUCCGCUGAAUCGCGCGCCAAAAUGUUGGUUAGGCAGAGUGUAGUUCCCCUUUCUCUUGUGACUUUCUUCAAACACCUUCCGACUCUGAAGCCGACGACGUUUUCUCCACGCAUAGUCAAACGAAGAACCUUAUCUACCUCCAGAAUUCUGAGCUCUUCUUACUUCGAAACUCUAAGUUCCACUCAGAAGGUUCAAAUCCAUCUAUACGUUGACGUUCUUCUUCAAUGGAACCAGAAAAUGAAUUUGACAGCCAUUAAAGAGGUUAACGAAGUCAUGGAAAGACAUGUGGAGGACUCGCUUGCUGUCAUAACUCCCAUACGAAACUCUUACAUCUCUCAUUGUAGCUCUUCAUGCAAUAACCUUAAACUUGUUGAUGUUGGGAGUGGUGCCGGUCUUCCUGGAGUUGUUUUAGCGAUUGCUUGCCCUGGUUGGGAAGUUACCCUUAUGGAGUCUAUGAACAAGCGUUGUGUUUUCUUAGAGCAUGUGGUUGGCCAGAUUGGUUUGUCAAAUGUUAAAGUUGUGAGAGGAAGAGCGGAGGAUUUGGGGCAGAAUCAUUGCUUCAGAGAGCAAUUUGAUGUAGCAGUUGCCAGAGCAGUUGCUGAAAUGAGAAUCUUAGCCGAAUACUGUCUUCCUCUUGUUCGUAUUGGUGGCUUGUUUGUAGCUGCCAAGGGCCACGAUCCUGAGGCAGAAGUUAUGAAUGCAGAAAGAGCAAUUGGAAUGAUGGGUGCAUCCAUUUUGCAAGUAUGCUCCGUGGAAUCUCAAAGUCCACAUGGACAGAGAACUGCUGUUGUAUGUCUGAAAGCGCGUCCUACACCAAGAAAGUAUCCUCGUGAUCCAGGUACACCAGCAAAAAUUCCACUGUAAAUUAUUUGUACGAGUAUUUUUUUCAAAAUCAUUUUAGCUGUAACUAUUCCUUCCCAUCCUUAUUUUUUUUGUGUGAUAAUUUGUACCCUGAAGAUGCCAAAUUUUCCCUUUUGUAAUGUGAGUAAUUUUAAUUGAAGCAAUGAGACUUACCUUUUCAUCAA